AUGAUGCUGGGAGAUGUCUUUAGUAGAUUACUGGAUGAAGCAGUAAAAUUAAUUGAUGGAAUCAAUGCGUUUCCACUUCAACUGUACCGGCAUGGUAUUGCUCAUCCGUGGAGAAUUCUUUGUUCACCAAAGCGCAUCGAUCACGGUGUUCUAAUUGUUGGCUAUGGGACCGAGGGAGACAAGCCAUAUUGGAUCAUAAAGAACAGUUGGGGUACUCGUUGGGGUGAAGAAGGAUAUUUCAGACUGUAUCGAGGACAAAACGUUUGCGGAGUUCAGGAGAUGCCUACCAGUGCUAUUAUUAACUGA